AUGCCAUCGAAAUCAAAAGAGAAAAGGCCCGCGCGUAUAACAAUUGCCUGCAACGCGUGCCGCUCAAGAAAACAAAAAUGCAGCGGCCGUAAACCCGUCUGCGAACAAUGUCUCGAGAACAACCGACCAUGCAACUGGCCCGAACAGCUUCGAAGAGGACCGGAGAAAGGAUAUGCCGAAGCAUUGGAGAACCGACUCCAGCUCACUGAGAGCAUUCUUUUAAAUUUGCUUCCACAUGUCUCGGACGAGCAGCUUUCGGAUGCGAUUCCUCGAGAGAGUAGCGGCACGUAUGUGCCAUUUCCCAGACUUGAGAAGAGAGGGAUUGAGAAUUGGUCGCAGUUCCCUCUUGAUACUCCUCAGGGUAUCCGGAGGUGGCAGCAAGCUUGUACUGAGCCUGGAAGGGUGGGUGCAGAAAUGCAGGGCUCUAAGAGAAGGCGUUUGCAGUCGGUUCAAAUGUCCGCAACUCGAGAGAUUGAUGGAUCUUCCAAUGGAACUUGCAAUGGGACACCGAACUGUCCGGUUCCCGAGACAGCAGAUAAUACGCAUGAUGGGAAUGCUACGGUGGAGAGAAUGAGCUCUUGGCAGGGAGCGCCGUCGUUCGAGUUUCAACCAUUUCACUGGACAAUCGGUCGUCCUCGACCAGAGGAGGCAGUGGAACUCUCACCUGGAGCAACUUGCGAGACUGCGUGGAAGAGCCAUGCUGACUGCUUCUUCUCUUUUCUGGAACUGGGUCAUUAUGGGCUCACCUGUCAGGGAGACGAUGGGCCAGGGGGCUGUGCUGACUGGGGAGGCGAGGAGGAUAUCUGGUCUAGAAGCCACUUUAGCGGCGGCCUUGGCGACAGCGGACGGGUAGCAGCCCUCCAUAGAGAAGGCGACGAGGCGGGUGACGAGACGACAGGUGACCGGACCGGAUAG